CUCACCUGCGUGGAGAGAUGGCGACUUCGCCGGACGCGGCCUGCUCUGCGCUGUCGCCCUCCCAGCUGCCCCCGGUGGUGCGUCUCAACGUGGGCGGCCUCCACUUUACCACGGCGCUCAGCACCCUGCGACGCUGCCCCGGCUCCCGCCUCUGCGACCUCUUCAGCGAGCCGCCCCCCGCCGCGUCGCCCCUCCGCUCCCCCUCCCCCUCGCCGGGGGAGUCCGGGGGGGGCGCGGGUUGGGGGGGCCACCCCCCGCCCCUGCGGCUGGACGAGGAUGGCCGCGUGUUCCUGGACCGCGACGGGACCCACUUUGGGCAGGUGCUGACCUUCCUGCGGGAGGGCGCCGUGCCGUUGGCCCCGGCCCCCGGGCUCCGUGCGGCCCUGGAGGUCCACGCGGAGGCGAGGUUCUGGGGCCUGGAGGCCAUGGCCAGGGCGCUGGAGGAGGCCCCGCCCCUCUUCGGCGAGAUGGUGGCGCGGAGGCAGUUCUGCGCGCAGGUGCCCGGCUACCGUGAGAACAUCGAGAUCAUGAUCCGCGUGGCUCGGGCUGAGGCCCUGGCAUCUCGGCUCUCCCGAGUUCUCGUCCACGUCAACAAGAGCUCCGAACACGAGGUCCACCACCACAACCACCACAACCACCACGAGGGGAGUGCCAGGCGUGCGCACGCGUGCUCCAUCCACGGGGAGCAGUACCUCGUCAACUUCGGACCCUGGAGCGUAGAGCCUGGGGUUCGGGAUCUCCUGGAUUGUGUCAAGGUGGACGUGGAGGCGCUGGGCUACCGCGUCACCUGGGAGGAGCGGCUGCCCCCACCGGGCGAGGGGGGGGGCGACCGGGGGGCGGGGCUCGCCGGGCUCUUCCGCGGACCCCCAGCCCCCCCCCCAUCCUGCGGCCUCUACGAGUUCCUCUUCCACUGGUGGUGACCUCGG